UCGCGCGGCCGAAUUAAUUCUCCCCCGUCUCUGCCUGCCGCUCUUCCUCCUCGCUCUUCGCGAGCACGCGCAGAACGGAUCUGUUGCGCGCGUAUUGCGUGCACGCGCGCCCCUAACCUCACCGCGCGCUCUCGCGUGACAAUCGAUAGCGGGGGAACCGGACUCCGGAGCGGCCGGAGCACGCGGUGUGGCGUGCGGCUUUAUCGCCAAGAGAAAUCACCCGAGUUACGUCCACCGAAUUGAAGAAUCGAUGCUCUGACGCGGUGAAGGGUAGGAGAUCGCCGACAGGAGCCGAGAAUCGUCGCUCGACUGACCCUCCCGUCGUCGCCGCCGCGAUGGAAACCUGGACCACGACGCCGAACUCGAGCGGGGACGUUUUCAGGAAUAUGUCGUUCAUAGAGAACCGGACGCCCGCCUACACCAAGCAGCUGCAGUUCCUCGAGAUCUACGACGAGAACAACGCUCUUCUCGGCGGCACCAACAUGGUCGAUCUCUACUGGAACGGCACUCUCUGGCACUACAAGGACCUCUCGGACUUCUCGCAGGAGAGAGCCGCCGUGACGCAGCGGGUGAGCAGCGGCGUCACGGAUGCCGUUUACCUGGGCAAGAGCAGAUUCGUCAGCGCGGAGGACAGUGGAGCCGUGCAGGUCCACGAGAUAGUCGAAACGGACGAGGAGGCCAAGUUCCAGCCUCUCUCGUACGCCUGUCAGCACGAGGACAGCAUCCUGACGAUGUCCGUGUUCUCCAAUCGGAGAAACAUCGUCACGGGUGGAAUGGAUUGCUGCCUGAAGAUCUGGGACACGGAGGACUUGAUCGCGAGUUACUCGUACAACCUCGCCCACCUGGACAUCGUCACUAGUACGGACGUCAAGCCCAUGUGCAGUUCCACAUUUGUAUCCGCGUCUUUAGAUGGCGAGUCACUGCUAUGGGACAUCAGGCGAGCCAAACCGGCGAGUUGUAUCUUCAAGGACAAUAAUAAUACUCCCCUAUCGGCAGUAGCUUGGAACGCUACUUUGGAUCAUCUCAUAGCAAUAGGUACAGCUAAUGGCAGCGUUGUACUAAUUGACGUCAGGCAAGCGGGUACUCCGUUACACGAAUCAGUCGAAUCUGACAGAGGCGUACACAAGUUGUCGUUUAAUCCGAAUCCAGAGAGGAAAGAACAGUUAGCGUGUUGUUUUGACAGCGAAGUAGUAAAAGUAAUCGAUACCUAUAGAGAAAUGCUGCUGAUACACGAAGAUGCUGUACACCAAGACUUUGUACGGGGACUCGCGUGGUGUGAAGACGAUUUAUACUCGUGUUGUUGGGACGGGCGUGUAAUGAAACGUAUAGUAAAUAUAGUUAAUUGAACACGUAGUUUCCUAAGAAUGACAAUUAUACCAUAUGUGUAAAGUUUUCGGUAUUAAAAUGAUUUUUACUUUAUAAUAAAAUAUUCGAUUUAUUAAUCGAAAUAACACCUCGAUAUAUUAGAUAUUCGCCUCUCACCUCGUACGGAAAAACCAUUCGUUGCGUAUCAAUAACGGAACGCUAAUCGCAACCUGGAGAGAACUGCCGAGUUAAUUUCAGACAAAAGGUUCGCAAGAAACGUGCACCGAAUGCAUCAGAUUGUAUUUUUGCUGCGCGAACGGCGAUGCAAGAAAGAGAAAAAUAUUCGAAAUAUAAAGUAUUAUCGCUACGUAUAACAGUAAUGUAAAGGAGUCAAGUAUAUAUAUAUAUCAAUACAACAGAAAUUCCGGUAUAUCUUGUGGAUGUUUAAAAGAAUCGUAAUACUCUUAACAUAAUUUAAACAAGUCUUUCUUUUUGGAGAAGAAAACUCUUCUGAUCCUACAGUGUGUACGGCAUAUCAAACAUCCAAUAGGAUUUUAUUUACAAAGUAUAGAGUCAAUGAUAACGUGAUAACAUGAACAAAAUAUCACAAACGAUAGUUUAUCAUCACAAAGUGUCUAAAAAAAAAAA